AUGUACAUAUUUAUAAGUGAACCAUGGUGUGCGAUGAAACUAUCACAGGUUGGGCGAUUUAAAGCAAAGCGAAACAUACGGUGGUUUCACGUAGAAGCGGGGAUUAAGUCUGAAAUUAAACUGAUUAUUAUCUAUCUAUCUAUCUAUCUAUCUAUCUGUCGAUUUAUCUAUUUAUCUAUCUAUAAACGAAAUAAUCUGUUCAUAUCUAUCUAUCUAUCUAUCUAUCUAUCUCUCUAUAUAUAUGCAUUUGUAAUGAUGUCUGUCUGUCUAUCUAUCUAUCUAUCUAUCUAUCUAUCAAGCAAACAAGAAUGUUUUAUUCAAAAUUAUCUAUCUAUCUAUCUAUCUAUCUAUCUAUCUAUCUAUCUAUCUAUCUAUCCGCGCGUAUUAAUUCAUUUCUCUAUAUCCCUCCGCCUGUAUGUGAUGGUGUACAGCCGUGCAAUUAUAUUACCAAGCCUGCGUCUCCCUUUCUGUGUUUAG